UCAGCAGCUGUAAUUCUGUGCGGCAAUGCAAUGGGGAUGCUGCCGUCUUGCAUCUGUUUUCCAAUUGGCUGCUUCCUCAGUCUGUCAGGGGGGGUUAACAUGGAGUGGGUUGAUUAAAGUAGAUUAGCGGUGGUGGUGGGGGGGAGAAGCUCAAGAGGGAAUGUGUGUGUGCUGGCAUCACAUCACAUCACAGCACAGCACAGCGAUGGCUCCCAAAUCUCCCAAAGCCUCCUGCAACAGCAUCCUCCUCCUCCUCCCCCUGUUCUUCGCUGUUCUCCUUUUUCAGCCGUCAUUGUCUUCCAGCGGUGACCCACAUCCAUCUGACAGUGCUGCUGCCUCUCCAGUUUAUGGUGAGUAUAUGUGGUUACAAAGCAUCCAAGUAGGUGCAGAUGAAGUGGUGAUGAUGGAGGUGGACCGACGAGUGAGGACAGAAGAGAGUUUCACACUUCGUGACGUCACAAAAGGAAGGAAGUUACUCCAGACGCCAGGAGUCGCGCUUCCCUUCCCUCCCCUGAAGGUGUUGUCCAACGGGAGGCCGUGCGUGAUGUUCCAGGCCAGGAGGCUGUAUCUGCGUUACGAGAGGCAGAAGCAAGUGGACCUGACCGAGCGGGCCUUCUCCCCACUCAAGUCUGUGGACACCAGCCAGUCGGUGUGUCGCCAGGACAGAGCCACGCUGGUGAUGAGAUUUGGAGACGUGGAUGAUUUGAGAGGUCUAUCCAUCAGGCUGCAGCUGUCCAACACCUUCUACGAGGCUUCGAGCCAGUGGUGGUUCUCUUUGGACAGUGUCUCGGUGGUCUACAACUCGUCGCAGGAAGCCGUGUUCAAUGCCAGCGAGGUGUACGCGCCGUCUUCACUCUCGUACCACUGCUCACACGUCAGCAGCCUGGAACGCCACAGCGCCCUCCUGAGGCCCGGCAGCGACAACGCUCGCCGCUGGACGCUCACCUUCACAGACUUCCAGAUCCAGGCCUUCAACGUGACAUCCGGCAGGUUUUCGCCAGUGAGCGACUGCACCACCUUCCUGACGCCGGCCAUCCUGAUGGGUCUGGUGACGUCGCUCAUCCUGCUGUUGGUCCUGGCUUAUGCGUUGCACCUGCUUGUCCACCUCAACCGCAUCGAGAACGACCGUGAGCGCAAGGCACACGGUGACUUCCUCCAGAACCCGGAACAGAUGGAACGGUGCUGUUCCGAAAAUAUAGCGGAUAAAAAUGUUCCCUAGCAGGAUACGGACAUUUGUGGAAAAGUUUUGCUGUUUUAUUAAUAAAGUAGAAAUUGAUUUCUCUUCAUAAGAAAUGUAAUAAAAAU